UCGCCUCUCCGCGGCCUUGAUAGCUGAUUUCCGUCAAUAAGGCGUCUGAAAACUGGAAGCUUAUUUGAUUCGAAACUGUCAAAUCUGAUUCGGAAGAGAGAAAUUCAAUUAGUUGUAAAACCCUAACAUCUCUGUCUUUUGUGAUCAAACGUGAAAUGGAUGAUGAACUGCUGGAGUUGCAAAAGCAAUUCGAGUUUGCUCAGCAAGCGAAGUCGAGCAUUAGACUGUCAGAGCGAAACGUCGUGGAAUUAGUGCAAAAGCUACAAGAACUUCACAUCAUCGAUUUCGAUCUUCUUCACACCGUCUCCGGAAAAGAAUUCAUCACUCCUGAGCAAUUGAGGAAUGACAUUUUGGCUGAAGUCAGGAAACUAGGCCGUGCUACUUUGAUUGAUCUUGCGGACGCUACUGCAGUUGAUUUAUACCAUGUUGAGAAGCAAGCUCAACUUAUAGUAGCAGAUGAUGCUGGGCUUAUGCUGAUUCAAGGAGAAAUAAUAUCACAAUCGUAUUGGGACAAUGUAGCUGAAGAAAUUAACGAGAGGCUUCAAGAAUCCAGUCAGAUUGCUUUGGCAGAAAUUGCGGCCCAAUUACAAGUUGGCUCUGAGUUGGUUGCGUCCAUGUUGGAACCCCGGCUAGGGACAUUGGUGAAGGGCAGACUUGAAGGAGGUCAAUUGUAUACACCUGCAUAUGUUGCUCGUGUCACUGCCAUGGUUCGUGGCGCUGCAAGGGGAAUCACAGUUCCAACAAAUUUGUCAGUGUUGUGGAGUGCUUUACAGCAGUUACUGCAUGAAAUGGAGGGAGCCAGUGGUGUGGCUGUUGAGAGUAUGUUUUUCCAAUCCUUGUUUAAUGGACUGGUCAAAGAAGGGGAGGUCUUAGGUUUCCUUCGCGCUGGAGUUCACUGGACACCAACUGUCUUUGCUAUUGCUCAAAGGGAAUGCAUAGAUUCCUUCUUCUCACAGAAUUCAUUUAUCAGCUAUGAAGCGCUUAACAAACUUGGAAUUUCCCAGCCUGUUCAGUUCUUGCAGUCCAGGUAUCCUGAAGGUAUACCCUUAGUUACAGUGUUUAUCCACCCCUCAACGAUUGAAAUGCUGGAUUCAGCCACUGAGGAUGCUAUUGAACGUGGUAGCUGGAUUGAUUCUCUGUCUGUCUUACCGGCAUCAUUUGGAUCUCAAGAUGCAAGUAAGAUUUUGUCACUUUGUCCAUCAGUUCAGUUGGCCUCCAAGGCUAAUAAAGCACUCAUCGUGGUUGAAUCCUACAUAUUUAGUGACGGCUUUGUCAAGGAUACCUAUGUGCGCAUGGAAAAAGAGAUGGAGACCCUCUGUCUCUCAGGGUCUCCUGGUGUGUUUCAGCCUAAUGAUUCGCUCAUGGUCAAGGAAGCUACAGGCAGGCUUGAUUCCAGCAGGUCUAUUGAGUUGAAUGAAACUAUUGAUGAGAUUGGUCACACUAAACAGAGUGUGGAGAAAGGAUCAAAGAAGAAAAAGGGAAGGUCUGCUGGAAGUACAAAGACAGCUGUAGCUGAAAGUGGCAUGGAUAACCAGGAGUACAUGCCUACAAAAUCUAAGAAAAACCAGAGGAAAACUAAGGAUACAUCUUCCUUGCAAAUGUCAGAAUCAAAAUCAGGGGCCAAGAAAGAUGCGGCUAAGAUGCAAGAGGACAAUAGCAUUCCUUCUGAAGAUUGGGUAAUGAAACAGAUAAUGAUGCUGGUUCCUGAAUUUGACGAGCAAGAUGACCCAGAAAUUAUUCUUAAACCUCUAGCAAGUCAUUUCAGGCCUAUGUUGAUUAAUUCUUUGAAGGAGAGAAGAAAGGCAUUGUUCACUGAAAACGCAGAGAAAAUGAAGCAUUUGCUUGAUAAUUUGCAAAGAAGACUUGAUGAGUCCUUCUUGAAUUUGCAGCUUUAUGAAAAAGCAUUGGACUUGUUUGAGGAUGACCCGUCUACAUCAGUUAUUCUGCACAGGCAUUUGCUUAGGACAACAGCUGCUUCCAUUGUGGACAUUCUUUUUCUUAACUUGGAUAUGCACAACAAGUUGAAGAAUGGAAUUGAGGUUGAGGAAUCUCAAAAUUUGGAAUCCAUCUCAUUUAAUUCUGGAGAAAGAACUGCCCUUGCCAAGAGUUUACAAGGAUCUCUUUCAAAGAGGGCUCUUGCAGUCAAUGAAGCUUUGGAAGGGAAGCAAGUUGAAACAUUCAUGACCGUGUUUAGGGAGCUAGUGGAAGAGAGUGGUUUACUCUUGAAAAAGCUUGACAAGAAAUUGGAAAGGACUCUUCUGCACUCAUAUCGCAAGGAUCUUACAUCGCAAGUUUCCGCCGAAUCCGACCCUGUUUCCCUUCUACCCAAAGUCGUGUCCCUACUUUAUGCACAGGUUCACAAUAAAGCUCUUCAAGCCCCUGGAAGAGCCAUUUCUAUUGCAGUUUCUCGACUGAAGGAUAAACUGGAUGAUUCAGCAUACAAGAUCUUGGCUGAUUAUCAGUCGGCAACAGUGAUGCUCUUAGCACUUAUGUCUGCUGCUACUGGUGAUGAGCACGACUGUACGUCUGAUAGAAUUUCGAGUAAACGGGAACUUCUGGAGAGUCAUAUUCCAGCGUUGAAAGCCCUUGUCUUAGCAACGCGUAGUCUUGACUAGGCAUGCAAUCAAUAUAUUACAGCUUUUAUUUAUUAACAGGAAACUGCAUUAUAUUCUGUUUCAUUGGAGGAUAUGCAUAAGUUGUAUAUUUGAGUCGAGGAGAGGAAUUUUAGUGGAAAGGGGGGAAAUGUCAGUUUCGGUUAUGGUAGUUGUAAGGGGUAAGAUUGGGUAUCUGAUCCACUGACAGCCACUGAUUGAUUAGUAAGUUAUAGAAAUAAUUAAAUAAAUCUUGUUAUAUUCAAGAAUCUAAAGAAACAAGAGAAAUUUAUUCUUUUAUU